CCUCCCCUCCCAAGCCAGCGCCGCCGCUUCCGGUGCGCCGGGGCCGCGGCCAUGGUUCGGGCGUUCGUGCUGCUGGCGCCGGGCGGGCCCGCCGGCCACGCCCCCUGCCGCGUGCUGUACGCGCGCACCUUCGGGACCCCAGCCGGGACCGCCCCUGGGGGCCCCCGGCAGCGUCUCUGCCGCAAGGAGCAGCUGCUAGUCGUGGCCAGGCAAGUGGCCUCCCAGUGUCAACUGCUUCAGUCAUCCUUGGGAUGCCUGUCCUCCCCACAACUUCCUCAGCUACCUGAUGAGCUGAUGUCACUCCAAGAUGCUCCAGGGGGUCUUUUCCAGAUGCCCCCUGGAGACCCAUUCCCUGAGGGCGUGACAGUAGUCUGGUUAUCAGUGCUGGCCCUUGCCUUUGCCUUGGUUUGUGAACCCCAAGAGAAUCUAUCCUUGGCUGAGAUCACUUUGCGGCGCCUGGCUCCCCGCUUGCUUCUCUCCCUUCGCCUCCUUGGCCCUGGUGCUGACGUCCUGCUCCGUCCUGAUGCUGCUGAUGGCCUCCUGGACCGUCUCCUGCCCCAUGGGCAGAUGCUUUUUCUCAAUGAACAUUUCCUCCAGGCAAUGGACCGAGAUAUGGGUAUCAAAACAUACCACUGAGCUACAUUGAUGAUGACAUUCUUGCCUACCACCCUCAGAUAUUUUUGUGGGAUGAGAGACAAGGGAGGGAUCAGAGAUGAUGGCUAAGCCCCAGUGGGAUGGAUGAGGAAUACAGUUCAAGAAUAAAGAGCAACAAGCUAGCUAAGAGCAGGGUUUUAAUCCAUUUAUCUCCCAACACCAUCAUGGGAGAGCUAAUAGCCAUCCCCUUAAACCCACCUGGAGCUGGGACAGUGCCAAGUUCCUGCGCUGUUUUCCUGCACUACAUUCCUGCACAUGACAGCAAGUGGAGGCUGCACGUGGCCGUGAAUGGACACUAAAAGAGGGACCCUGGGUUGUGGUUACGCCAGCUGGGCACUGUGGGGCGGGCAGGAGGAGACAUGACUCUGGGAUGGGACCUUGCCAGGGGUGUACAUCUGGCCAUGGAGCAUUGGGGUCUCUGUGUGGGAGAUUAAACAGGCAGUGGGGCAGGAUGUAGCCAUGUGCCUAGCACAGCAGGGUGGUUGUCCCUAGAUGGUGCUGCUUGGGGCCGGGGGACCUGUGUGACACCCUGGAAAGUGGCAGGAGCUGUCACCCACUUACCCAGCUCUGCAGGGUGUAUUGGGGAGCAGGGUCAUACUGUAGCAGUUUCUGGGUGCUGGGAAAUCCAGGGAGGCAGGAACUGGCAUGCACAGCUCUUCACCAGCAUGUCAGAAACAGGCUGAGCACCGCCAGGCUGUGCAGAGGGGCUGUCACGGGGCCAGACCCCAAAGUGCUUUCCCUUGUAACUGCACCAGUGAAGCUGGAGCACCUGAGGAGGGGUGCUGGACAUUGGGCUUCAGCCAUGAUGGGCCUCUGGCUGUGCCGUGGGAUUUCAUUGUGCCUUGGAGGUGUGUGGGCAUUGGAGGCCACUGUGGCAUCCCACCCUUUAGGGGAAGGGAGCACUAUCUUCACCUUCGCAUGUGAUAGCAGCCGUCACAUAAUGCACCCACAAAUGGCUUGAAUACAAUCAAUAGCCAAAGAGACAUUAUCCUGCAGUGUUUCAAUGGUGUUAGCAAUUAAUUUUUGAUGAGAAUCAACUGGAAUCUGAGUGUUUGGGCUGUUAUUGUGUAUGCACUAAUAGGAUUCCAGCUGCUGGAUUUCAAUAUCACCUGGUUUAUGGCCAAAAUCCUCUUGCAAAUCAGCCACCUGAAUUGGAUCAAAUGGGAUACAUGUGGAGAUUUCUCUUUCCACACUGAGGUCUAGUAGAUUCAGGGGGAGUUGAAGGAGAUAAAGAAUAAUCUUUUCCCAAUUCUCCAUCAUGGGGAUCGCCCUGUAUGUUUUCAUGCCAUGUAAGUCUGUUAGACUUUUCCUGGAACUUUGAUAUCUUGGUCACCAUAUAUGGCACUGUUUUGGUAGCAGUUUGCUGACCCUAUCCAUCUGCAUUUCAAUUUUAAGUAAAGGUCAUAAUGUUAUUUCCUCAUUAUCA